CUUCCGCGAGCCGGCGGCCGCGAUGGCGGACGUGUCCGAGAGGAAGCUGCAGCUGUCCGUGCUGUUGGCCUUCGCCUCCGGGGUGCUCGUGGGCUGGCAGGCGAACCGGCUGCGGAGGCGCUACCUGGACUGGAGGAAGCGGAGGCUGCAGGACCAGCUGGCGGUGACGCAGAAGAAACUGGACCUGGCCUGAACGCGCCCGCCUCGCCGCGCGCCCUCCUCGCCUGGCCCGCGCGGGGCCUCCCGCCUGAGCCAGGCGCCCCCCAGCCCGCCGCCGAGCCAGGCUCCCCGCAGGGCCGCUUGUUGAAGAUGGAUAGAAAUCACUUCUUCACUUUAUGAAUCAAUCUUAUUUUUAAAAUAAAAUGUUAAACAUC